UCAGGUAAGCGCCAUAGCUACCAUGUUUAAAUCGCACGUGUCCUUAAUCUGAUUAAUGGGCAUCUUGAACCAGUUUGGUUGUUUAGAUGCUGUAUCAGAAAAUCGUCUUCGUAGAAUCCAGCAGGAACUGGGGACUGCACAUGUCUCUUACGCAUGCGUAGGCUUUCCCAAAGUGAAAACUGGCACAUACACACUGAAGGAAUGGGAGCCCUGAUCUACGAUGUAUGAUGCUUGAGGGGAAGUUUGACGUCCAUGUGGAUUAUUGUUAGGUAUAGGCCUAAUUUCUGUUCGGUUAAAAUCGUCCAAUGUUAUAUAUGGUAUGUGCUGUUAAUGCUGUUAAUGUGAACCACCGUUGUUACUGAUUUACCACACCUUGGAAUAUAAAUUUGUGAAAGUUUUAUUCCUCAAGUCAGGCUUCAUCCCUUUACUUUGCCUUCUCAAUCAUUCAUCACAUAAUUCAUUGUAAAAUACGAAGAUGUAUUACCCGUACAAACGUUUCAUCUCUUCAGAAGAGGGACACUCGGCCUGUUUUGUCCAGAGGUUAUAUACCAUAAUUCGAAGAGGGGAUUUUUCACUGGUGGACCAUCUAUGCAAAGAACAUGAAGACACUAGUUCGUCCUGUAGAAUAUUGCUUCUGAUGAACAUUGUUUACCAAUAGUUUUAAAUGUAACUUUUUGACAGUAUAAAAGGACUCAGAAUGGAUUACCAGUACCAUGUGUACAUUCUGGAGGACCCAGAUGACCCGCCCACUGAAAUCCAAGACUUCAUCACCGCUUUCUUUCAAAGAUUCAAUUGCCAUCCACACAACCGAGGACAGGCGACUUAACGUGUAUUUACCACGGAACGAUGACAUAGCAGGAAUGACGAAGUUUGAUAACGUCCCAUAACGCUAUAAAUAAUUCCAAUAUGAUUCUGUGCAUUAUCUCCCCCUGGAAUACUCAUUGGAUUAACUACUGUCGACAUGCUAGUUUUUAUCAGAAAAUCGUGAACAACAAGCGGGAUAUGUUCAUACCAGUAUUCCUGGGCUAUUCUUCAGCUGCAGACGCUAACAUUGCGUGUCCAGAAGAAAUCAGGUGUCAGACGGGGUGAUGUUUAAGGCGUCUUGGAGGGACGAUGAUGACGCGUGGGGAAAGUUAGAUAGGUCCUUACAGGUACCGAUAGAAGCAACAGCGACAGGAUCUGGAGGCCCCGCCACACGGGUUGCGAUACAAUGUACAGAUGGUUUUGACCACAGUAACGUGAAUAGUUUUGUCCUCCGGAUGGACCUCCUUUCUCGACCCCAAUAUCAUCACAAUCUCAUGAAUGAAACAGGGCCUGUUCAUGAAUGGGAGAGUGGAAACAUCUCCUUCCAGUGGGAGAGAGACAUACACUAUGCCCGCACCCAGACGUGAUCACGUAUCCCAAGAUCAGAUUCUCGAGGUACUUGGUGGCCCCAGUCUGCUGUCAGCGUCCAGAUCCGGUGGUCUGUUCCAAGACAACCCCGACUCUUCCAUCAGACAUAAAGCCCCUGUUAAUAUCAUUGGUUCCUCAGAUGAAAGGGCUGAUGAAGAAAAUGAUGUUGGUUCCUCAGAUGAAAGUGCUGAUGAAGAAAAUGAUGACAGAAAUCUCCCUAGUGAGGUAACAGUCGACAUUGACCGUGCUGGACAAAGUCAUCACGCCGAAUUUACAGAUAGCACGAACCCAAAAUUAUUGUUCGGUGACUCCCUGGGGUCUGAUAGUUGUUCUGGCAGAGAGACCCUCUUAGGACGACUCCCUAGUAACGUAACUGAUGACAAUGAAGACGAGAUUAGCGUUGAUCAUGACAGCAGAGAAUUCACCUCGGGAGAACAAUCGGAUCACAAUUAUGGUAUGUCACAUUUGAUUGAUUCUGCAUAUUCCUCUGGCGAUGGUGGACAGUCAAGAAAUGGUGAGCAGCGAACUGGGACAGAUGAGCUGCAGACUGGGGCAGGUGAGCUGCAGACUGGGGCAGGUGAGCUGCAGACUGGUCCUGAUAUGCAGCAGAAGGGGACAGAUUUACAGCAGGAUGUGGAAGGUGCGCAGAAUGUGCUUGGGGAUUCCAGUACAACCUCUGAGAGGUGCGGCAAGACGGUGGCGUCUCAUGACGUGGAGGAUCAUCAUCCGCAUGGCCCUUUGCGGGACGGGGAGGCCAGUGGAGGGGAAGAGAGUGGUACAUCAGUUCUGAAUCCAGCCCAGAACGCGGGCGGGUGCGCAGGCAUUGCUCUAGGAAGGUGGGCGGCGCGGGCAUUUGCUAUGUGGGAGUUAAUACAGUAUUAUUGAUGUUCCCAAGAAGGCAGUAGCAAAAAUAAUUGCGUUUUGUGUAGGUCGGAAUCAAUGGGCAACUUCCCUUUGUAUGUCAACAUUGUUACUUAGUACGUUUGUUGUACUAAUCCUCACUAUUACUCCAGUCUUCACACUCACGUGAAGGACUGAACCCAGAACAUUAUAAGGUUGCAUAAAUUCUGUGAGGUUCCUGUUUUCUUCUUAAUGACAAUGUGCUCUUAUUUGUCUAUGGCAGAGUAUGCCUACACAUACCGGUACUUUCAACUUUAGAAGGCAGUAAAGGUUUCAUACAUCAGGAAAUGUUUAAAUUCCGAUGAAUUAUCCGUGAAUGUCAUGAAUAAAUACAAUUUCUACAUCAAUCGUAUCAUUUGGCCAAAAUCUACAAAAUAGUUGUGACAGUAAGUUAUACGAGAGUCAACAGGCCAGGUUGACGCGUACAGAAAACCUUGUUGAGAAGAGCAAAACUUAUUUCACGGUUAAAGGGAGAGAACCCGGAUUUAGAAUCAUACAAAAUUUGUGAAACGCUGGUGUAAGGAAAAUAAAUGCCCCCCCUGUCUAUUGUCCAGGGCUUCAUAAAUAAACAAACAAACAAAUAAAUAAAGGAAGAGUUCGGAGUUUGCUUACUAAGCAAAUGUAUAAUGUAGCCCGCCUCAUAGGCCAAAACCACAUGUUACUGCCAAUUGGUACGACGAGACUGUGACUGUUUACGGUGACCAAGUGUAGAGUGAGUUGUCCAGGGAUGAAGAAAUAUAGUAGGUUCAAAUUUAUGUUAUU